AUGCCUUCCAAGGGCUGCGCAGUUGCCCUCGCCGGCGUGGGCGCCUACGCCGCCGCCCAGGCUUUCGUGGCCCCGACUGCCCCACAGGUGCAGGAGCAGCGCGAGGUGCGCCAGUUGAGGCAGCAGGCCACCGCAAGCGUGACCUCCACCACUUCCUCAGCGGCUGCCCUUGCUCUGGGCGCCGCUGGUGUCGCAGCCGCUGCCGCUCAGGCUGGCAAGCGAACUCAGCGCCGAUGCCAGGUCGUCCGCCAGGCCACGGCGGUGGCUGAGAAGACCUUCACCAAGAUGCCGGCUUCCGUGAAGCCCGGCGUUGUCACAGGCCAGGCUCUGGUGGACCUGCUGAACUACGCCAAGGAGAACGAGUUCGCGAUUCCCGGAGUGAACGUGGUGAGCAGCAGCUCCAUCAACGCGUGCAUGGAGGCCGCCAAGAAGGCCGGCGGUCCCAUCAUGGUCACUUUCUCAAAGGGUGGCGGCCAGUUCAUCGCCGGAAAGGCAGCUGACAACUCAGACGAUGCCGCCAGCAUCGCCGGCACCGUGGCUGGUGCCCUCCAUGUUCGUCAGGUGGCCAAGCUCUACGGCGUGCCUGUGAUCCUGCACACUGACCACUGCCAGAAGGCUUGGCUUCCUUGGUUCGACGGACUCAUGGAGGCCAACGAGGAGUAUUUCGAGAAGAACGGAGAGCCCUUGUUCUCCUCCCACAUGUUGGAUCUCUCAGAGGAGCCUUUGGAGGAGAACAUCAGCAUCUGCAAGAAGUACCUGGAGCGCAUGUCGAAGGUGGAUCUUCUCUUGGAGAUGGAGCUGGGCGUGACUGGCGGUGAAGAAGACGGCGUGGACAACACUGAUGUGGACUCCUCGAGGCUUUACACCCAGCCUGAGGAGGUGUGGCAGGUCUACGAGACCUUGUCUGCCGUGCCCAACGGCAAGUUCACCGUGGCGGCAGCCUUCGGCAAUGUCCACGGCGUCUAUGCCCCAGGCAACGUGAGCUUGAAGCCGGUGAUCCUCCACAACACCCAGAAGUUCAUCAAGGAGAAGCUUGGCACCGACGACGACAAGCCGGUGUCUUUUGUGUUCCACGGAGGCUCAGGCUCUUCCUUGGAGGACAUCCGCUAUGCCAUCGAGGCCGGCGUCAUUAAGAUGAACAUCGACACCGAGUCCAGGCUUUACUCGUUGUUGCAUGCUGAAAUAGGGACCCCUCACGACUACCGCAAGAAGCCCCACCGCCCAUUUCCAGCCAGUGACACCCAGUGGGCCUUCUGGGACGGCAUGAACGAGUACCAGAAGAAGAACAAGGACUACCUUCAGGGCCAGAUCGGCAACCCAGAAGGAGCGGAGAAGCCCAACAAGAAGUACUACGACCCUCGCAUGUCCCUGCGAGCGGGUGAGGAGACGAUGGCAGACCGCCUGGUGAAGUGCAUGGAGGGCUGCGCAGUUGCCCUCGCCGGCGUGGGCGCCUACGCCGCCGCCCAGGCUUUCGUGGCCCCGACUGCCCCACAGGUGCAGGAGCAGCGCGAGGCUGGCAAGCGAACUCAGCGCCGAUGCCAGGUCGUCCGCCAGGCCACGGCGGUGGCUGAGAAGACCUUCACCAAGAUGCCGGCUUCCGUGAAGCCCGGCGUUGUCACAGGCCAGGCUCUGGUGGACCUGCUGAACUACGCCAAGGAGAACGAGUUCGCGAUUCCCGGAGUGAACGUGGUGAGCAGCAGCUCCAUCAACGCGUGCAUGGAGGCCGCCAAGAAGGCCGGCGGUCCCAUCAUGGUCACUUUCUCAAAGGGUGGCGGCCAGUUCAUCGCCGGAAAGGCAGCUGACAACUCAGACGAUGCCGCCAGCAUCGCCGGCACCGUGGCUGGUGCCCUCCAUGUUCGUCAGGUGGCCAAGCUCUACGGCGUGCCUGUGAUCCUGCACACUGACCACUGCCAGAAGGCUUGGCUUCCUUGGUUCGACGGACUCAUGGAGGCCAACGAGGAGUAUUUCGAGAAGAACGGAGAGCCCUUGUUCUCCUCCCACAUGUUGGAUCUCUCAGAGGAGCCUUUGGAGGAGAACAUCAGCAUCUGCAAGAAGUACCUGGAGCGCAUGUCGAAGGUGGAUCUUCUCUUGGAGAUGGAGCUGGGCGUGACUGGCGGUGAAGAAGACGGCGUGGACAACACUGAUGUGGACUCCUCGAGGCUUUACACCCAGCCUGAGGAGGUGUGGCAGGUCUACGAGACCUUGUCUGCCGUGCCCAACGGCAAGUUCACCGUGGCGGCAGCCUUCGGCAAUGUCCACGGCGUCUAUGCCCCAGGCAACGUGAGCUUGAAGCCGGUGAUCCUCCACAACACCCAGAAGUUCAUCAAGGAGAAGCUUGGCACCGACGACGACAAGCCGGUGUCUUUUGUGUUCCACGGAGGCUCAGGCUCUUCCUUGGAGGACAUCCGCUAUGCCAUCGAGGCCGGCGUCAUCAAGAUGAACAUCGACACCGAGUCCAGGCUUUACUCGUUGUUGCAUGCUGAAAUAGACACCCAGUGGGCCUUCUGGGACGGCAUGAACGAGUACCAGAAGAAGAACAAGGACUACCUUCAGGGCCAGAUCGGCAACCCAGAAGGAGCGGAGAAGCCCAACAAGAAGUACUACGACCCUCGCAUGUCCCUCCGAGCGGGUGAGGAGACGAUGGCAGACCGCCUGGUGAAGUGCAUGGAGGACUUGAAGUGCAUCGACCGUCUGUAG